AUGUCCUCAAAUUUCUUCAAAACACAUUUUACAUCGCUACCAUACAUUCGAAUAGACCAGGAAAAUGUUGACGAAGAAUUGCUUGAGAAAGGCGACAAUCGCCACACCAGCAACUCCAACCAGUCUCGAUGUUACAAUUUGCUCCUCUCCGCCGUCUUUAUCGCUCUCGCUGGUGUAGCCGGAUAUCUCUUCGGUUCACUCAACCAUCAUGCCGAGUGUGAGUCAGUCAAUCGCACAGACACCGUUGGUGAAGGGACUUCUAGAUCGAUAUUCCAGUACAACAGCAGCUUCGCUGCUCCUCCACCCAAAGAUGCCAAAUCCGAACCGAUUUGGGAUUCCAUGAUCCCCAAUGGCCUAGGCUACAUCAAAGACCCACCCGUCGCAACAGAAACAUCCGUCCUCAGCGCUUUCCAUCAGCUGCACUGCCUAUACACAGUUCGCCGAGCCUUUUAUUCCAACUCGAAAACUGGAGAUGAAUUAGAAGCAUUCGACCUCGGCAAGGAAAGAAAACCUCAUGUAGCACAUUGUUUCGAUUAUCUCCGACAAGGAAUCCUAUGCUCGGCAGACUCAAGCAUUGAGCCGGCCGUGGAUACUGUGAACGGAUUCUUAGGUGCAGGGUUCCCACGGCAGUGUCGCGAUUUUGAAGAAUUGAAAAGUUGGGCGGAGAAGCAUAGAGCUUUUGAUGCUCAUGGAUUCCUGGUGGAUAUGGAGCAUUGA